AUGAAAGAGAGUCUAGACUCCGGUUCUCCUCGCGAUAGCGAUGAACCGGGAGAGGUCGAGGUCGGCCAGAUCAAGCGCAAGCCCCGACCCUGCAAAGGCCACACCAAAUCCAGGAGGGGAUGCUUCAAUUGCAAAAGGAGAAGGGUCAAGUGCCCAGAGACUCUGCCCCGAUGUAACAACUGCGUUCGCCUUGGCCUGAGCUGCACCUAUCCUCCCGAGGGGGGCCUGGUGCAAGCGUCCCGGCCCUCACACACGUCCAGCCCAAUGGCAAUGCCGCUGUCGUCGUCGCCAACACGCUUUACUAUCGAGGAUCUGAGGUUCUUCCAUCACUUUCUGUUCGCUGCAUAUCCACCCCUACCGAUCGGCGGAAAAGAGAUCUGGAGAGACAUGGCUGCGCUCUCUCAUGGCUUUGAUUACCUUGUCCAUGCAGUUCUCGGCCUGGCGGCUUCCCACCUGACCCUGGCAAGCCGGAACGAGAUCGAUUACUCGGCGCACGCACUUUCGCAUCGUGUCCAGGCCAUCAAUUCUCUAAAUACUGCUCUCAGCAAGCCAUGCAUCUCAAAGGCGGAGGGCGAUGCUCGGUUUGCAACACUAAUGGCACUUACAUUCCAGUCCUCCUAUAUGCCUGACGGCAUGGUUGAUUUUCUUGCCAUGAUACGAGGAUGUACGGUGGUUCCCGGGACGGGGAUGCCCUCAUUCAGCGAAUCUGUAUUUCAAGGAUUCAGCGCCGAAGCACAUCAGCAGUCUAUCAUUGAGAUGAACGAGGACCGGCCAGAGGCAAAGGAUCAGAGGUUGGCUAGUUUCGCUAUCGAUGGCCUCAAGUCAUUGUAUGCCCUACGGCCAUUUUGCCCAGAGGGCAGCCUGGAGGGAACAUAUCUGGAUGCUCUGGAAGGCGUAUUAGAACUCACUAUCAAGUCACCCCUUGAAGCAUUCACCUCGCUCUGUUACAUGUACAACAUCUUCAACGGCGUCGACCACGAGAACUUCACCAGCUUCAUCGAUCCCUCCAACACGGUCCCCCAGAUCCUCCUGGCGCACUUCUUCCUCAUCGAGACCAAGAUCGGCCUGCUGACGCUCCAGGCCAUCAUCGAAAGCUUCCCAUUCAGAGGCCUGAUAGUCGCCUCCUGGGUCCACAACGUCGCGCGCGCGCUCCCCGAAGAAUUCCAUCGCUACAUGGACUGGCCCUUGUCGGAGGCUGCCUCCAUCGACGUUUGGAUGACGCCAAACAUGCUCUCGGCUCGAUGA